GGAUCUCUCUCAGCGAACAUGAGAAGACAUAACUGAGUGGACAUUCACCCCGGACGCCUGGACAACUGAUGAUCUGCAGAGGACCACUCUGAGAUUUUUUUUGCACAUUUCUACACACAUACAGCUCUACUCAGCACCAUGACCAGGAAGGUGUUCACGAACACGAGGGAGCGCUGGCGCCAGCACAACGUCAACACUGCCUUCGCCGAGCUCCGUAAACUAAUCCCCACCCAUCCUCCGGAGAAGAAGCUGAGCAAGAACGAGAUCCUGCGUCUGGCCAUGCGCUACAUCAACUUCCUGGUACAGCUGCUGGAGAGCCAGAGCGGUCAGCCGGCCAGCCACUCCCCCACCGCGCUGCUCACCUUCCUCAGAGGAAACAUGGAGCAACUGCACUCCCCUCCACACCCCUGGGCCAUGACCAGUGACACAGAAGUCCCGUCACCUGGAUCCAGCUGCGACAGCUCAGAGGCCUGGUAGAACCACAGCCACAAAAUACAAAAAUAAAAACCUCUUGAGCGGACCCCUUAUCCUGGGUUUAAAAACUGAUUUUGUCCUUCCUCAAGACUCAUUUUUGUCUCUGCAUUUGUCACCUGUGUGUGACGCGUGUUCAAUGCAGAAGCUGCGAUAUGCGGCAGAACAUGUGGGCACAGCCUCCAUGCUGAUCAGUGUUGAAAUAUAAUUUGCGGGUGAAAUUAAAUUUGUAUUUUGCAUGGAUGUGUAAAACCUGGAUGUACAAUAUUCCCAUCAUGUCUUCAUGUUAAUAUUCCUUGUUGCCGGCCGCCUGGAACUAAUUUAGUUUUGCAGUGAGAGGGUGUUUUUGCCGAUGAGGAAAAUGGAGGGGGAUUAAGGAAUUUCUCAUUUCAAGCGAUAGAUUCAGGAAAGCAUUUGAAUAGAUAAUGGCUCAGCCAAUUCUCCAGACUGCAAUCGUCUCAAAAUAGCCAAGGGCACUUUUUUUAUCGACAUGCUGUUUCUUUUUUUUCUCGAGAAGACAAAAUCUGACCUUUACUUUUAUUUAUCAAGGUUAUGUGACUUCAGAAGAAUUUGUUUUGAGAAAGACUUUUCCUGUUUCUCGCCUCUUUUUAAACAACAAUGUUCAGUAUUUGUUGAUUUCUGACUAUUGAGGAUUGGGCUGAGGAAUUUUGGUAAAACUGACAAUCCUCUUUCAGUAAUUACACGCUUCACCACACAAACAUCUUAUUUGAAUGUGUUUUCAUUUGAGUUUCUGUAAAACAUGCAUGUCAUAUAGCCAAAGAAUAUGAAUUGAUUGUCUGCUGUUAAGAGUGUGCUAAUUAUCUUCUGAUACCUCUUUUGUAACUUAUUUUGGUUUGCUUGUGAA